GCCAAACGUCAGUCUGUUCCCGACCGAACAACGAGCAACUUGACUCUGUAUUGAUCGCUUGCAGUCGUCUCCGUCAGUUUUAAUCCUUGUUUACUUCGACUCUUUGUCUGGAAAACAGCAACAACGAUGGCUUCAAUGACAUUCGCAACUGUGGCCCUGUGCGCCCUGGGAUGUGCCAUGGCCCUCCCGGCACCCGACUUCUCCUACGUGCGAGAGGGCCAGUGCCUCCCUAUGACCUCAAGCGCUCCUUUGAACUACGAAAAGUUCUCCGGGCGCUGGGUCGAGGUGGGAUCCAGACCCAACAUCCUCCGCCGGGAACGCCAAUGCAGGAACUUCCAUUUUGUGAUUUCCGAAGACACGCCCCUUCGCGUGACCACCGGAAUGGACAAGGAAAACAAGCUCACUGAGGUCAUUACCGAGCUCGUUCCGAAGGCAGAACCGUCUACCUUCGACGUGCAGAUCCAGGGCUUCUCCACGAGCGACCUUGUGGUUGUGGACACCGACUACACCAGCUUCUCGUGCGUGUACCAGUGCCAGCAGGCCACGCCCGACCGCAAGGUAGAGUGGGCCUUCGUCUACGCCCGCGAGCUCUCCCAGGCCGCCGUCGCCAUGAAGAGGUGCUCCAAGGUCCUCCAGGCGCAGGGCUUCGACGUCGAGAGCAUCCUGGCCUCCCCGCACCCGAAGGAGACCUGCAACACAGCGCUCUAAAGGGCGGACCGGCCGUCCCUCCUGCGCCGUCAGAAGGUCGGAUUCUUCCUCGUUCCGCACGCCCACUGCCUCGCCCUUCCGCCCCUCUCCUGCGCUGCUGCCACGCCCUUGGCUCGAGGAAAAGGUGUCUGGGUGGUAGGAAGGGCCUGUUUUAUGCACAUCACGCCCCUUCACCUCCAGGAGGUUGUCCUUCCCUUGGAACUUGAAGGACAAGCGAAGGACCCAAGUAUUAGCCCGAAAGGAGAUUCGAGGAGGCCAAACUGACAAAGAUGUGGAUAAUAUAUAUAUCAUAGAUGUAUUGUUAGUUGACACUGUCGUCUCAAGGUUGUCUUCAAGCACAUACUUGAAAAGUAUGUUUUCUAGAUGUGAUGUUUGAUUUGCUGAAUAAUGCACACACACACACACACACACACACACACACACACACACACACACACACACACAUACACACACACAACCAAACAAUCACAUCAAAAUACAAAUUUAAACUGUAUUGUGAUAAGAUAAACUAUAUAAUCAUAUAUCGUUUACUAAAUACUGAAAUGUAUUAAAGAUUUUUAUAUCGAA